AUGGAGGAAAGCACACUCUUUUGGUGAAUAUGAACUAUUUUCGGAUUAACAGGGCUUUUGGUGGUCCCAAUCUUAUUCGUCAUUCCAGCUCCAUACGGAAAGUUCACCAGAGAAGGCUGGGGACUUGCCCUGAGAAGCGAUCUUAGUUGGUUUAUUCAAGAAUCUCCCUCGUUUUACGUCUUUCUUAUUACAGCUAUUUAUUCACCGAUAAGAGAUACAACAACACUUAUUUUAGGCCUAUUAUUUUUAAUCCACUAUCUAAACCGAGUCUUUUUUUACCCUCUCCAAAUGCGCGGCAAAGCCAAAACCACUGUGCUAACUGUAGUAAUUUCCUCCUUAUUUUUCACAGUCACAAAUGGAUAUCUUCAAGCAAGAGGACUAUUUAAAUUUGACCCAACCACAAAUUCAAUAGAUAGCAUUAGCUUUUGGGUAGGAGUUGUUGUAUGGGAAUUCGGCUUUAUUAUGAAUUUACAAAGUGAUCAAAUUUUGAGAGAUUUAAGAAAGCCUGGGGAUAUUGGAUAUAAAAUUCCUUAUGGAGGACUAUUUGGAUAUGUGAGUGCUGCAAAUUAUUUUUCAGAAACAAUCGAACACUUAGGAUGGGCUAUUGCGUGUGGCAAUAAAACUGCAUGGAUUUUUGUGAUGUGGACUAUCGCUAAUUUAGGGCCAAGAGCGAUGUCCCAGCACAAGUAUUAUUUGCAGAACUUCAAAGAAUACGCAAGACUUAAUAGAAAAGCCUACAUACCCUUUAUAUUUUAA